AUAUGAACCGAAGCGUCUGCUUGGAUUGCAAAAAAUGAAAGUAAUAUUGAAUAAGAAGUCAAGGACGGUAGUUUUCGCAAAUAGUCACGAUAAGUAAGCAUGUUGAGCGUAAAUAAUAUUGAGGAUGAACUUAUUGCAGACUUUGGGUUUUACGCGUGCAUUUUGUUGUUGGAAAUUGUUUUCAUAAGCUUCAAAACAGGACAGGCUCGAUUGAAAAAUAAGUCUUUCGCUACUCCGGAAGAUGCAAUACGUCGAGGAGGAUUGGAAUUUUACAGACAAAAUGAGAAAGUCGAACGUCUAAGAAGAAUACACCGUAACGACUUGGAAAACAUUCCAGCUUUCCUGUUCGUGUCAGCACUUUACAUCUUGACUGGGCCUUCGCAGUUUUGGUACAAAAUUUUGAUGCGCUCUUACGCCGUCUCCCGGAUCUUAUACACCUGUUCAUAUAUGAAUGAAUGGAGAGCCCCUGCCCGUUCUGUGAUCUACUGUGUUGGAAUGUAUUUAAUACUGUUGCCCAUGUUGAUUGGUGUUCUUUAUGCUUCUCUCUGGUAAAUGACAACAUAUUUCUUGCAAGAUAUAACAUGUAACCAUAAAACCAUGUAAUUUUAAUUGGAUACUUUCGACGUACGGCGAGUGAUAGACAUGUUUUGGUAAUUUAUCAUUGGGUCAUAUUAUUAUAUAUAACUACUGUAUAUUAUUCUUAUAUAAAUUACAUGAAUUGUGUUGGGAAAAUUACAUCGCUGUAUGGCAAAGUGUUGACUUUUGAACAAAAAUAUUUCAAUAAUUAUUUGUUAGUGUGACAAUAAAAAGUGUACAAAAAUGUCAA